AUGUUUGCCAAGGCAACAAGGAAUUUUCUCAAAGAAGUUGAUUCUGGUGGUAACCUGAUUGCAGUACCGAACUUGAAUGACUCCGAUAAGUUACAGCUUCUAAGUCUCGUGAUCAAACAGAAGAGAUUCUGGUGCUGGCAGAGACCCAAGUACCAAUUUUUGUCUCUCACCCUUGGAGACAUACUUACAAAAGACCAAUUUCUGAGUCCAGUGGUGGUGGAGUCGGAUUUUGUGAAAUAUGAGGGCAAGUUUGAAAACCACGUGACUGGGACCAUUGAGACAGCGAUUGGAAAGAUCAAGCUGAAUGUUGGAGGCAAAGGUCUCGUGGAGAGUCAGUCUUCAUUUGGAACCCUGAGGAAGCAGGAGGUGGACUUGCAACAGCUCAUCCAAGACUCUCUUGAGAGAACAAUCAAUCUGAAAAAUCCUGUGCUGCAGCAUGUGCUGGAGACGAGGAACGAGGUCCUGUGUGUCUUGACACAGAAGAUUGUGACCACGCAGAAGUGCAUCAUCUCGGAGCACGUUCAGAUUGAAGAGAAGUGUGGUGGCAUGGUGGGGAUCCAGACCAAGACUGUGCAGGUGUCAGCAAAGGAGGAUGGAAACGUGGUCAAGGACUCCAACGUGGUCCUGGAGAUUCCAGCUUCCACAACCAUUGCCUACGGUGUCAUCGAGUUAUAUGUGAAGCUGGACGGCCAGUUUGAAUUCUGCCUCCUCCAAGGGAAACAUGGUGGCUUUGAACACGAGAGGUCAGGGCACUCCGUGGAACUGGACCCCAUGGUCUUUAGAAUGUUUACCUAUACCGACAUGCCGGAUGCUGGACCUGGAACUUCUUCCCCUGCGGGACCACUCAGCGCUUUGAAACAAGAUGCUCUGCUCUUGGAGAAGAAUUUUCAUCCCUUUGCGAAGCUGCCAGAGAAACAGAAGAUAGUUCUGAGCAACAUCCUGCAGAGGAUUCUACUUGAUGAUGAAUUAUUGAUGGUCCUGGAAAGUGUGUUUGAUGAUGUGGCCCAUGGCCUCUCGCCCCCACUGGCAGCGAUGCGGGAGCUGAUGCCUCUGCAGCAGCAGGACCUGACGACCUUUCUGCAGUUGGUGGGCUGUAGCCUGGUGGAUGGGUACCCGGGGCAAGAGGCCGCCCUCAGCAACCAGGAGCUCUUUGCAGCAGCCUACUGCUUGGUCAGCGCACUAGCAGAAAUGCCAGAUAACGCAACAGCUUUACUGGGCACUUGCUGCAAACUUGAGAUUAUUCCUACAUUAUGCCAACUGCUUCGUUACCUUUCUGAUGAUCGAUCAUGUGAUCUUCAGCACCCCACCUUGGCUCCUCUGGAAGACACAGAAAGGUUUGGGAUCGCUCAGCACUUGUUCGCCUUGGCUGACAUCGGGCUGGAGAGACUGCGGUCAUCUGUGAAAGUCGUCAUCCUGAAGGACUCGAACAUCUUCCCACUGAUUCUUUGUAUUGCCCUGAAUGGACUCUGUGCUUUAGACAAAAGACAUGAGUAA